AUGGAGAACCUUUAGGGUUUAAUGCAAUCGAAAAAGACCUUCCUGCUCACUCUGCGAAAGCAUUGUUGGAUUCAAAAUGGACGUUCAUAACCCAGGAGGAGCAUUCAUACUUGAACAGGCCAUGGUUCAAAUUACAUCCAUGUGGGACAAGUGAGUGGAUGAAGCUGCUUUUUCAUGUUGAUGUUUCUGUGGCUAAAAAUGGAGUGACAAUUGAACUCUAUCUGCUUUCAUGGCUAUCAGUCGUUGGGCAAGUGGUUGUGGCAUAAAAACAAACGUUGUCACCUAUUGGGUGCCUUAAGAACAAACACCACAACCUUGUACUGUGUAAAUAUACACGCAAUUCACUAAGUUGGGGGAUGAAAUGUGCUAUGUAGUUCAAUCAUUGGUAUUCAUUACAUCUCUCUUAAUUAAUUGUUUUAUUUUUCUCUAAUAAAUAGACUACACAGUCUACACAUAAGUUUAGUAAGCCUACGUUAGUAAAAGAUUUAGUACUCUUUGUAUUUUUCUAAUAGCUAUUUAUUUAGCAGGUGUGAGUUGUAAGUAUGCUUUGUAAGUAGACUUUAUGGCUUGCUUGAGUCAAGGGCUUCGUGGGGGUACUUGUCUUUGUGGGAAGUUAAGAAGUAGUAGUUGGUUGUUAUUGGCAACUAGAAUCCCUUUUAAUAUGGGCCCAACCCUUUGUUUUGGUGCUUAUGGGGCCACCACUUUAGAGAUGCUAUUGAAUCAAUUUUCCAGACUGUUAGAGAUAGUGAAAUCAUAUGGGGCUAAUUUCUCCUAAAAGUAUGUUUAGGAUUGUGUUGAAAAUUUAA